UCUGGACUUUCAGGAAGUUCUCAUGGAAUAGCUGCUGCUCUGUUACAGAGAGAGAAAGAGAGAGCGAUAGUGUGUGAGAGAGGGGGCCGCUCGCAGAGCUGGGAAUGGAUAUGGCCAACCUUUUUAAACACUUCUUUCGGAUUGGGAAAGUGAAGGAGAAAGGCUGUGUGCAAGAUUUGCCCUCCAGCGGAGAGAAAUAUGACAGCGAUGAGCGACUGUAUGACCUCAACCUGCCCGCACUGGUGAAGUUCAACUACACCGCAGAGCGGGAGGACGAGCUCUCUUUGGUGAAGGGCACAAGGGUCAUCGUCAUGGAGAAGUGCAGCGACGGUUGGUGGCGAGGAACCUAUAAUGGCCUUUCUGGGUGGUUUCCCUCUAAUUAUGUCACAGAGGAUCUGGACAGGACAAUGAGGGGCGAUUCUAUGACCUCUCUCAAUGAUAAACUGUCUUCAGUGGGGCACAAUAACAACGGCUCUCAGGUUCUGCAGACUGUACAGGCACUUUAUCAUUUCAGCUCAAGCAAUGUCGAGGAACUGAGUUUCAACAAAGAUGAACUUAUGUAUGUGUUGGAGAAACCUGAGAAUGACCCUGAAUGGUGGAAGUGUAGAAAGGAAAACGGGCAAGUAGGUUUAGUGCCCAAGAACUAUGUUACAGUUGUACAGAAAACACAUAAAGAACUAGGGAAUUCAGGACAACCUACUUCAAACUAUGACAUUAAGCCAUCUAUGGAUGGAAAGUUUGGAGGAAAACAAUGGUACUAUGGGAAAUUGACACGGCACCAGGCUGAGAUGGUCUUGAACCAGAGGGGUGCGGAUGGUGACUUCCUCAUCAGAGACAGCGAGUCUACGCCAAACGACUUCUCCAUCUCUCUCAAGGCAGUGUACAAGAACAAGCAUUUCAAAGUGCAGCUAAAAGAUGGAUUCUACUGCAUUGGUCAGCGCAAGUUCAGCUCCAUGGAGGAUUUGGUGGAUCAUUACAAAAAGGCCCCCAUUUUUACUAGUGAGGAGGGAGAUAAACUGUACCUGAUUAAAGCAUUAACCUGAGCCUAUACAGGAACUACAGACUCUGCAACAUCUAACCCUGUCAUCCAUGAAACUAUAUGUUUACUGUGCAUUGGGAGAGUGUGAAAACUCCUUUGAUUAAAUGUUAAUGUUAGUCAGUUAAUACAGUAAAUAUGUGUUUGCUUUAGCAUUGCUCCAAUUUGGGAUAUUCAGUCAAUUUAAAUGCAAACUCCAGUUAAUAUCAGGAUGAUAAGCUAUCUUUGUAAUUGUUUCAGUGCAGCAGUCCGAAAAAUAACUUCACUUGUUCUUUGUAUGUACUUACAUAGACCUCUUGUGAUUGUUCAAGAUACUUAAAAGUUGGAGAAUGAAUGAAAUAUCACUGCAGUCAAGUUUUCUUCACUACAUUAAAUUUGUUUCAUUUAAUAUCAAGAGGCCCCACAGAGGACAAUGAGAGAAUGGACACAGUACCUUUAAACCACAUAUGUGAUAUCAUUUUUACCUGAUAAAAAUGUAAAUUGUAUUUGCAGCAUUGAUUUCAUGAAUUCUCGUGCUAUGUUGUUCUUUUGCCCGUGCCAAAAAUUUCUUUUCAAUCUACAUUGUUGUUGUUUUUUCUUACAGAGAUCAAGACCAUAUUUAUAUUCCCAUAGUCCUAUAUCAGAGCUCAACCCCACCCCCUUUUUAUUUUUUUUCCCUCAACUAAUUUGUAAUUUGUAACAACUUGUAAACUGUGAAUGUUUCCUUCCACAGUGAACUUUCUUUUACUUAUCAUUUCUUGACUUGAUAAGUGUAACUUUUCAAAAUAAAGCAUAGCUACAA